AUGCUCCAAUUUGAUUAUCAAGUAACAGGUAACACAGAACAACGAAUGGUUACUGGUGCAGAGAUUAUUAUUAAUAAUUCCGAGGAUAAGGUGGAGGUCACCGUUUCAAACCAAUAUCUUCCUCAAUUAUGUUGUAAAAUGGUGGACAGCGACAAACUGGAAGAAUGUUUGUCUGCUUCCAUAGCAAACGUUUCUAAGUCGUUCGAAAUCGUCAAUAAUAGACUUACUUCGGUUAAAAAACGCACCUUUGCCAACUUAAAAGUGGAACAAAUUUCCCUGAACAAUAACUUGAUCGAAACAUUAGAAAACGACGCUUUUUAUAAUUUGACAAAUCUGAUCGUUUUAACUAUGUCUAGGAAUCUCUUAGAAGUGUUAAAUCCUGAAGCGUUUUCAUUGUUACCAAAUUUGUCAGGGCUAAAUUUGAGGUUUAAUCGUCUUCAUACCUUACAAACUGGAGCCUUCGAGGGAAUAUCUCCCCGAACAGAAUUGACGGUGGACUUGAAUGGAAACAGAAUCCGAACACUACCUGACGAUGUGUUCAGUAAUCACACGUUCGGACAGUUAGAUUUGGGUAAUAAUCCUGUGAAAAAGAUUGCCGCUAGCUUUUGUGAAGGUUGUAGUAUGGAAAAAAUAUAUCUUUCUUGCGAUUAUUUGACUUUGGAGGAUGUUGAGAUGAUCAGAAAUUGGGCAGAAGCUGGCGGAGUUCGAUUAUACACAAAACGACGAACGGUUACUAGCGCAGAAAUUAUUAUUAAUAAUUCCGAGGAGAAGGUGGAGGUCACCGUUUCAAAGCAAUAUCUUCCUCAAUUAUGUUGUAAAAUGGUGGACAGCAACAACGUGGAAGGAUGUUUGUCUGCCUCCAUAGCAAACGUUGCUCGAUCAUUCAAAAUCACCAACAACAGACUUAGAUCGGUUAAGAAAGGCACCUUUGCCAACUUAAAAGUAAACACAAUUUCCCUGAGCAAUAACUUGAUCGAAACAUUAGAAAACGACGCUUUUUAUAAUUUGACAAAUCUGAUCACUUUAUCACUGUCUAGGAAUCUCCUGGAAGUAUUAAAUCCUGAAGCGUUUUUUUUGUUAUCAAAUUUGGCAGCGCUAGAUUUGAUGUUUAAUCGUAUUCAUACCUUACAAACCGGAUUCUUUAAGUUUUUAACAAAUAACGUUCAGGUUCUUCUAAAUUGUAAUCGAAUUUCUCGAGUUGAAAAGGCGUUCGCAGGGGUAUCUCCCAGAACAAGAUUGACGAUUGACUUGAAUGGAAAUAGAAUCCAAACAUUGUCUGAAGAUGUGUUUAGUAAUCACACGUUCGGACAGUUAGAUUUGGGCAAUAAUCCAGUGAAAAAGAUUGCUAAGACUUUUUGUGAAGGCUGUACUAUGGAAACACUAUAUCUUUCUUGCGAUUAUUUGACUUUGGAGGAUGUUGAAAUGAUUAGAAAUUGGGCGGAAGUUGCCCUAGUUCGGUUAUUCACAACACAUAUUUGUAGAGUUGCGUUUUUCUAA